GUGCCAAAAAUUGGUAAUUUUACAUAUAUAUUUUAGUCACUUAUUGACUUGGUUUAAAAGUAAUUUCAUAUAAAAAACUCAACUAAUUGUAAAUAUUAGUUUUAAGUAGAAAAUUAGUCACUUAUGCUAUUUUUACUUAAUUCCAAUACUUUUUGUAGGUAAUUGUGGAUCUAAUGAAUUUUAGAAUGAAGGGUGAUACUAAUAGCUCAAGUUGGCAAGACUUAUCACAAUUUUAUCCAAAUUAAAGAGAGUUGGUCCAUCACGUUAAUACAAGUGAUCAUUUAUGAUAUAAAUUCUUUGGUCAAAAAGUAUCUUACAAAAAGUGAUAAGAUAAGGCUAAUUUGAAAAAGCUUCAUGAUUAUGUCUCUUAAGAUAUUGGGAUUAAGGAAACCCAAAGGGUGAAGAAAACUAAAUGGGCGGUGAAGGAAUUGCUAUAAAUAAGAGGCCAUGAGCUUAAGGGAAAAUGAAUUCAUUCACUCUUACAACAACACACAAAACUUCAUGAGAGAGGGUGAAGGCAGAGGAGAUUGAGAGCUACCAAGAAGAGCAGAGGAAUCAUCUUUAUCAUCUUUCCAUCUCUUCUAGCUAUGUAUCGUAAGGUUAUUAUGUAUAACUAAUUCUCUCUUUUGUUGGGAUUAGGUGUAAAUUACUCUAUUAGUAUGUGUUUCUAUUGAUCAUGGUUUUAUAUAUGGUUUUAGUUGUCUCUCAAUAUUGAUGUUAUCUUUGUUUUCAUUGUUUUAAUAUUUGAUUUGAAUUGUUAUAGACAUAUACCUUUUGAAUCUAAGAACUAGGAUAAUAUUUAUUGAACUCUAAAUUCUAGACAUAGAUUUAGGUUUAAUAUUCACUUAGAGUAUCGAAUCUUAAUGUUAUUGUAUUAAUUGACGAUCCGAGACAUCGGUGGUUAAUAGAUGCAAUAGAUAUCUCGGUGUUAUCUGGACACGGAAACGUUCGACGAGCGAUACGUGAUAAUAUUGAUAGAUGACUAGAACCCGUGUAACUGAUUAAGGGAAUAUGUAUGAAUGAGUGAUUGAAAUCUAAUCCCAGCAAUUUAAUCUCUCUGUCAAAUUAAUCAUCUUUACUACUUUCAUGUAUUUGCAACUUUCGUAAUCAACCAUCUUUGAAAUUCUUUACUUGAAAUUAUAUUAAUUGUUGAACGGCAUCGAUAUCGCAUCAGUCCCUGUGGAGACGAUAAAAACAUACUUACUUUUGUACUUUCAACAAAAUGGCGCCGUUGCCGGGGACUGGCGUUUAGAUAUUGGAGCAUUGCAACAAUUUAUAUUCUUUUAAGUAUUUGUAUAUAUUUGUUUAUAUUGUAUAGUUUUUGCUUGUACUAAUCCUCUUUGCUAGACAAAGAAAGUUGUUUUUCUUGUUUGUUGAAUCCUUUUUCAGAUUCCCCAUUAAAAGUAAAACCAUGACUGAUCGUGGGUAUUACAACUUCUAUACUCCGGGUGAGUAUGAAUCAUAUCAACAGUUUCCUCCUUAUAAUUAUGGGCAAACUUCAGAGGCUAGAUUGGAGGAGACCAUGAUUAAAUUCAUGGAAAUGCAACAGCAACAAAACCAACAGUGGCAACAACAGCUGCAACAGAUGAAUGAACAAAUGCAACAGAUGCAAGACCAGCACCAACAAUAUCUGAAAAACAGUCUUGCACGAGCCAAAAAUUUGGAAAAUCAGCUUGUUCAGUUGACUAAACAGUUAGCCAAUAACAAUUACCAAGGAGGAACAUUUCAAACCAACACACAAACCACUCCUGACGAGAAAGAUAAUAAUCCAAUGAAAAAUGAGGAAAGUGGAGAGAGUGUGAAAGAUGUUGAAAACAAUGAGGAAGAAAGAAUGUGUGAUGGAUGUGGUGUAGAGAAAAUAGUGGAAGAAAUAGAGACACCAAAAGAAGUAGAACUUCCUCAAGAGUCACCAUGUAUUCAGAAUACUAGCACUGUUGAUAAUGAAGAAGUGAUGAUGGCUGCAGAAGAAAUUGAGGGAUUACUUGACAAGGAAAUAUCAAUUGAGCAAAAGAGGGAGAUGGAGAACCAGACGUUGAUUGAUCGGGUAAUAGACGAAAUUUGUGCCUUGUUCAACAAAAAAGAAUUGGGGAGGAUAUGGACUCCACAACAUCUAUAUCUAAAGUUCAUGGAGUUCCUCCCUAACCGAAGGAAAAAGACGGAUGAUGUUCUUUCCGUUUCGUUUUGGCCACCCUAACAUCUCAGGCGUCGAGCUACCGACGUUAAUCAAGCGCUUGUUGGGAGGCAACCCAAUUUUCUAUCUUUACCAUUUAAUUUUUGCAAUUUAUCAUUUUAGUUUAUUUAAGCAUGUUUUGAAAGGUUGCUGGUAAGCCAAAACUGAACCUCUGGUGUGAAAUUUUAAAUUGUUUUGCUUUUCCUGUAAUUCUUGCUAAGCCAGUUCAGCAGCUCAGUUUUUCUGUCACAUUUCGCUAAGCGAAAUUAUUUUCGCUAAGCCAAAGAUGCCAAUCCUGUUUGUUUUAAAAUAGAACAAUCUCACUCAUCCACUUUUCCUUAUCUCUGUCCCUGCGUUUUUCUCAAGUCUCAGACCCAAAAGUUCUUUAUCCUUCCAUCUUUUGUAUCACUACACCUCACAAAAAUUUCUCUCCAUCUCAUUGAUACUCAACUUUCAACCAUGAAAAAGCUUAAAUUUUUCCCAUUCAUCUCCAACAUAUUUUUGUUCUUCACUGUGCAUCUUAAUUCCAAGAGAAAAGUUCUGUCAGUUACAAUUGUUUCAGAUAUGACACUUAGAGAAAAACUCAAGAAGCUGCACAAAUGGCAUGGCCUAUGGAAAGGCCAUUUUACUCGGAGGAGGUGAGAAGCUGCUGUUGGUACCAAGGAAGUGAAGAAGAUCCAGACAACUGACAAGAGAAAGAUAGACCGAGAAAGCUCUCCAAAACUCUGUGAAGUUUAUUUUAAAUAGCUUUCGGUUAAAUUUAUGCUUUAUCUUAAUUUAUAUUUCUCUUGUGGUCUGAACAACAUGUUGAUGGUUGAUUGAAAAAAUGGUUCAAAUUUUUGAAAUUUUGAAUACCAUGUGCAGAUGAAUUGAAAAGUUUAGGUUUGUGAUUAAUCAAAUUCAAAUGCGUGAUUAGAAUAAUUUUUUUUUAAUUGCAUUGUUUGAGGUCAAAAUUUUGUGAUUAUCUUUGAAUGAUAGGAUGAAUUUGAACCAAGUAGCUUUAUUCAAUUUGAUUUCAUCCAUUCCUUCUUAACAUGAUUAAUUGAUUUUGAAUCACGUAGACCUAGCCGGGUGAGAUUGUGUGAACCUUCCAUUGUUUAUAUAUUUGAGAGCCGGCAAUUGUGUUUAACUCUGUUGAUUUUAACUGAAUCUUGCUAUUACUUGAUGUGUUUGAAGUCAUGGAAAUGAUCAAGGUCAUGUUUCUUUUUGAGUGAUAACUACUUAAGCCAAAAUAACCUACCUUGUGAGUUGUGUGAUCCUUUGCUACCCCCCUUGAGCCAAAAAUUUUGAAAAUUUGUUUGUUUUGAACCCUUGAACCACAAUAAAGAAAAACAAUGACUUGACCCUUGUCUUAGGAUGAUUGAGCAUUAAGUUUAAGUAGGGUUGAAAACAAGUUGGGGAGAAAAGAGGUUAUUUGUUUGAAAAAAAAGAAAAAAGAAGUAGUUGAAAAACAUGAGAUGUUGAAGAUGGUGAUUGAAAAAGAAAAAAAGAAAAAGAAAAAUAUUGAAAGUCAUUUGACACACAAAUGAAAAUCAAAGAAAAUGUGUUACAAAAGAAAAAAAAAAAAAAGAAUAUAAAUUGUGUCGAAACAAAAGAAUUACCAAAAGAAAGAAAAAUGGGGAAAGUGAAAGAGGAUAAAUAGCUUAUGUGAUGAAAUUCUCAAGAAUUAUGCUCUCUUAUCCUUAAGGCUUUUUGAAUCCAAAGAAAAACAAUGAUUUCUUGUAGCCUAGCCCCAUUACAAGCUUAAGAAAGACUUUAGUGAUCCAUGAUUGAUAGCAUGUUUUGUGAUUAUGAUGAGAUGUAUGUUUGAAUUGAUUUGUUGUGAACACAUUGUUUGGAUUGAGAGAAACACUACACCCUUGAGAUGAAACACUUGUGAGUAUUGUGAUUCUAGUUGAUUAUCUUGUUGAUUUGGAAAGAUUGAAAUCUUACUUGAAUUUUGAAACUAUUUCACAUUCAUGCUUUGAUUCUUUGGUGACUAUGAAGGUUUGAUUUUGAACUUGCAAUACAUUGAAUCAUGCAAACUUGAAAUGAUUGAAAUCCAAAGUUUUUGAUUGAUCAUAAAUCUUGAUUGAAUCAUGCACUAAUGAUGUUUGAGCCAUGCUUAAGAGAGUUUAUUUUGGACUUUUGUUUGAGGACAAACAAAGUUCUAAGUUGGGGAGAGUUGAUAAGUGCCAAAAAUUGGUAAUUUUACAUAUAUAUUUUAGUCACUUAUUGACUUGGUUUAAAAGUAAUUUCAUAUAAAAAACUCAACUAAUUGUAAAUAUUAGUUUUAAGUAGAAAAUUAGUCACUUAUGCUAUUUUUACUUAAUUCCAAUACUUUUUGUAGGUAAUUGUGGAUCUAAUGAAUUUUAGAAUGAAGGGUGAUACUAAUAGCUCAAGUUGGCAAGACUUAUCACAAUUUUAUCCAAAUUAAAGAGAGUUGGUCCAUCACGUUAAUACAAGUGAUCAUUUAUGAUAUAAAUUCUUUGGUCAAAAAGUAUCUUACAAAAAGUGAUAAGAUAAGGCUAAUUUGAAAAAGCUUCAUGAUUAUGUCUCUUAAGAUAUUGGGAUUAAGGAAACCCAAAGGGUGAAGAAAACUAAAUGGGCGGUGAAGGAAUUGCUAUAAAUAAGAGGCCAUGAGCUUAAGGGAAAAUGAAUUCAUUCACUCUUACAACAACACACAAAACUUCAUGAGAGAGGGUGAAGGCAGAGGAGAUUGAGAGCUACCAAGAAGAGCAGAGGAAUCAUCUUUAUCAUCUUUCCAUCUCUUCUAGCUAUGUAUCGUAAGGUUAUUAUGUAUAACUAAUUCUCUCUUUUGUUGGGAUUAGGUGUAAAUUACUCUAUUAGUAUGUGUUUCUAUUGAUCAUGGUUUUAUAUAUGGUUUUAGUUGUCUCUCAA